ACGUUGUGUUGUAUUGAAUGGACUCAAGUGUUGUCGUAAUUGUUUGUUGGGAUAAAGCGUUCAUCACUUCCUUUUCCUCCCAUAACUCACACCAAAUGUAAGCACUUUUUCGCUAUUAAUUGUAUUUAAGCCUUAAUUGUGACUCAAUUGCCCCCAAAGUGAGCAAAAAUGGGUAAAAUAAUGAAACCGGGAAAAGUGGUUCUGGUGUUGGCCGGCAAAUAUGCCGGACGUAAAGCAGUGAUCCUUCGCAACCACGACGAGGGCACUAACGACAAGAGCUACGGACACGCGUUGGUCGCCGGCAUCGAUCGCUAUCCCAAACCCAUCCUCAAGAAGAUGGGGAAGAAGAAGAAGGCCAAGAGGAAUAAGAUCAAGCCUUUCGUCAAAGUGCUCAACUAUAACCAUCUGAUGCCCACCAGGUAUUUAGUUGAGAUCCCUUUCGACAAAUCCAUUGCCAGUAAAGAUGUGGUGAAAGACGGAGCGAAGCGAAGGAAAGCUCGCCGAGAGAUUAGGACCAGAUUUGAAGAGCGAUACAAAUCUGGCAAAAAUCGCUGGUUUUUCACUAAAUUAAGAUUUUGAUUGUAUUCGCCAUUUGAUUGAAUUAUUAAAAAUGUUUCUCAAUUGAUAUAA